CACCCACCAAAACAGGAAGUGUGCACUUUUAGUUUGCAGGCUAGUUAGCCAGCUAGCCUGCUGCUAGCUACACAGGGAGGUCGCAGUGAUCCAGGAAAUGUUUUAAUCGUGUUGACAACCGGCCAGUGUCCCCGCUAACAACGGUUUUAGUCGGAUGCAACUGCACCGUAACAUGAAGUCAUGGAGGAGCGGAAGCUAAAGAGAAAAAGCCCCAGGACCACCUCCACCAGCACCCCGGCUCCGACCGGGGGCUCUGGCCGGAAGAGCAGCGCUUCCACCGGGGGAAGGCGCGUCGGCUCCGGCUUCAACGCAGGAACCAACCAGAAGAGCAAGAGGAGGGGAGUCAGAGACAAAGCCAGGUGUCAGGCGGGUUCGGGGACUAAACCGACUCAGAACCAGGGCCAAGGGGCACCGAUCAUCCAGCACUCCUUUCUGACGGAUGUGUCGGACGUGCAGGAGAUGGAGAAGGGCCUGCUCGGUCUCCUCAAUGACUUCCACUCAGGGAAACUACAAGCCUUUGGCAACGAGUGCUCCAUCGGCCAGAUGGAGCAAGUGAGAGAGAUGCAGGAGAAGCUGGCCCGCUUGCACUUUGACCUCUAUGGCGAGGUGGACGAGAUGCCGGAGGACCAGAGGAAAACGGCCUGUGACACCAACAUGGACAAUUUACUUCAAAAUCUCGAGGAGCUGAGUUCUUCAAUUCAGAAGCUGAAUCUCGCCGAUUCCCAAGAGAUCCCGAGGACUGCCAGCAUAUGACUUCCUCUCCUCUGUCGUUUCUCAACCUCGUCUGAUCGAUUUGUAUUAUGCCACACACAGAGGAGGCGGAGUUAAAGCUGCUCACCAGCGUUCCCCGUCUGCACAGCGCGAUGGAUGUAUUGUAAGAUGUCCGAAUAAGGAUGCACCGACAGCUUUGCUUUUACUGCAACAGUGAUUGCGAAAUACAGUGUUUGUAGGAAAUAGCUCAGAGUAAUGAGAGUACAGUAUAUUUUCCACAGUGGCUUUGGUGCAUCCCUAUUGUGGCUUCUUUAAAGUCAAGUUGUAGUCAGUUCCCUUGUUUCCAAACAGUCUGCGUUUGCAAUUCUUUGCUUAACCAAAGUGAAGCUGACGAUUGGAAUCGAGCCGACUGCAAACUUUAGAUUUUUUUUGUAAACUCACUCUGCACUUUGUCGCAUAUCUUGUCACAGGGGGGGAGCCGUGUCUGUCACGUCACUCACGCAGCACCCGCCGCUACAGGUUUGAACAUAGAACCUAAAACAACAUAGAACCUAAAACCCAAGUAUAGGUCUGAUCUGUGAGAUUGUAAAAAGCUCAAAUAUAUUUCACAAUGUCGUAGUUGAAUUCUUAAAAUCAGCCAAAAAUAACAUUUGACACGAGAAACUUUACUAAAUGUCCAGUCUGUAAUUUUUGCAUUUGAUUUCUUGCUACAUUGUGAGUGGCCUGAUUUCACCUCCAGCACGCUGCUCGCUCAGUGUUGAAUAUAUUUGCACAUAUCCAUGCAACAUGCUAAACCCACUCAUCGGUGUUGUGUUGGUCGGACACUUUAGGAGACGGAUUAAUCCAAAUGUCGACACCACACCCAGGCCUUAACUUUUUGAUUUAAUCAUGUUUGCCUUGUCUAACCUGUUGAUAGACCACGUAGGCUCAGAUUCUGAUGAUGUAAUAAUUUUGAUCCUGCUUUUUGAUUGUAAAUCCAACCUUAUUCUUUCACAUCAUAUUUUAACCAGUGUUGUUGGGGGGUGUGGGAGUAGUUUGAAGGGUUUUACUGUUUUAACUGUUUGCUGGAUUUUGUUUUUAUGGACUUGUUAAUAAAUGUGUUGUCUGAC